AUGACUACUGAUAACGUAACUGAGCUCUCUCCUUCGGAGGAACAAGCAUACAUAAGGAGAUUUGCUCAACGGAUCAUCAAGGAACGUAGUGGGAACUACAGACCUUUGAAACGGUCAAAUGACGGAAGACUAGUGUAUCCGGAUGCAGCCGGUGUGGUCUCUAACAGAGGCAACAAAUUGCUGCAAGGGAGUGAAAUCGUCACUAGAGCCAACUUGAAUCCUCAUUCUGUGAAAGAAGAUGUCGUAUAUUAUAACGGUUCAGAACAUAAGUUGUUACAACGGAUGCAUAAACGUAUGAAGUUUUUCCCUGAAGAAAAAUCUUCAAAGAAUGGUCUUGGUGAUGAAGACGAGGAUGAGGUUGAAGAAAUCGAUUUAAAUGACUUGGUUAACGUUAGAGAAAUUUUAACUCCGAUUGCAUCAUUAAGUGAUAUUUCCAAUAGACCUACUGUGGCAAGGACUUUUAAUAAUUCUAUAUUACAGAAUUUAUCCCAACAAACUGUUCUUAUGGUUGAAAAAGAACAGAAUUCUAUAAUAAGAUAUAAUAGAAUAUUGGAAGUAUUUCUAGGUGAUUUCCCUGAACCACUAUACGAGAAAAACUUGAAAUUGAAAAAAUAUAAUCAUAAUUUAACAUUACCAGAUGAAGAAGAGGAUGGCGAGACUAAUAAUCAAGGAUCGAGAAGUACAACACCACCUAUUACUUCGGGAACUAAUCCAGAUGCUGAUACUACAGAUAAUACCAUAGACAAUGAACAGAGUGACAAGACCGCUGAAGAUGAGAAUAACGACAAGUCUGACGAUAAAGAUCAUGAUCAUGAACAAGAUAGUAGCAAUGGUAGUGGAGAAAUGGAUCAUGAUAAUGAUCCAUUCUUUGCGUUGCCCGAAGUUAAAGACGUCGAUGGUCUCAAUAUACUUCUAAAGGAUCUUGAAUCAUCCGAAGCCAUCGAACAAAUGGAAACCACACGACAAAUGGCACAGAUAGCUUUACAAAGAAAUCAAGAAUUUAUAAGGAAUCUAAAGACAAUAAGGAAUUAUAUGGACAAAGCUUGCAGGAUACGAGAAAGGAUAUUGGCCUGGAGUAAAGAAUACUCUGGAGUGCAAGAAGAUGGUGUGACUGUUCCAAACGCCCUUCGAGUUGUUAAAAGAGGACUUAUUAGUGCAACAACUAAUAGAUCUGUUGGUAAAAAUGAGGAAGAAGAAGGAGCGGAUGAGGCCGGUGCAGAUAAUGAAUAA